AUGCCACAUGUGCUGCUGCCAUGUUGUCACCUUGUUGGCGCCAUGUCAUCUGCCACAUGUGACAGUUUCCGGGGAAGUUGCAUUGACUCGGAAGUGGCGAGAAGGCUGGAGUCGAGGCAUGCUAGGGUUCCUUAUCCUACCACGCUUGCAAAGGUUUGUGCGAUACUUCACCAGGACGUUGGAGCUCGCGACGAGGAAUUAGUACCACUGGAUCCUGAAGAUUUGCAGCAGUAG